GAUCGAUGUAAAAUGUUUUAACUUUUUUGAACAUUUUUCGUGAAUUGUGAUAAAAUGAAGCUGUUAUCGCUGACUUCCUUGUGCGGGAUCGCCUUCCUGUGUUACGUCCUGCACUCCACGUACACCCUCUACGUGCUGUUCCGGGCUCCGCAGUGCACCGGAACUCCGUGUUACCGGUCUCAGCUGACCAAGGGCAAGUUCCUGCAGCUCUCGCUGUUCACGUCACCUCUGGCGAACCCGCCCAACGGGGGAAAAGUGGCCAAGCUUGGAACGCUGAAUCCGUUCGAUCCGUUCCUCGAACUGGACAGGUCCUUCACUUUCCCGCUGCCCAAGGAAACCCGGUCCAACGGGACUCUGUAUCUGUUUGCGGUUUUGACGAAAGGAGCCAAAUCGCACGACUGGGAUGAAGUACGCAGUCAGAGCACUUCGGUUAUUAAGAAAUUUGCCCUCACACACUACAUGGUGCCGAAAACGGCCACGAUUAACCUCUUGAAUGAUAAGGGAGGCAGCAAAAAGCCCAACAGAUUCACCAACCAGAAGCGCAUAGCACACAUUCGACAGAAUGUGUUUCUCAACAUCAUCACGGAGCAGUUUUCCGUCUCGCCCCGGGAUGUACCGGCCGAGCUGGCCCGAGACAUUCGUAUCACUCCCGACAAUUUGGUAAUGCCGAUCAUCCGGAGUGAUUUUGCUAAGGAAAAGCUUUCCGAUCUCGUGGAAAUAGACCCCGCUGCCAAAGAAGCCACCAUCACGAUACACUACGCUCCGUGCUCGGCGGGAAAGAUUAAAAUGCUGGCCCAAAUCGAACGUGCCAUGUCGGAUUUGAUGGCGCUGGGCUUCAGUGAGAAAGACAUCGAUGAGGUAAAGUCGAUCUUUUCGGACACCAAUGUUUACCUUCUGUGUGGUACGAUUGUCAUCAGCAGCGUGCACUUGCUUAUUGACUUUCUUUCGUUCAAAAAUGAUAUUCUCUUCUGGAAGCGUAAGCGCCAUUACGCGGGUUUGUCGCUCCGGAGUACGCUGUGGCGAACAUUUAGCCACAUUAUUAUCUUCCUGUACCUGCUGGAUGAAGAAACUUCGCUGCUCAUCCUGAUACCGACGGGCAUCGGAACGCUGAUCGAGAUGUGGAAGGCUAAGAAGAUCCUUAAGCUCGAAAUUAGCCUCCGAGGAGGUAUUCGCGUUCAGUCCGCUCCCGAUAAUAACGAUGAACGGGCCAGUGCAAUCAAAACAGAAGAACGGAACACACUCGAGCUGGACCGCGAAGCAAUGCAGUACCUAAGCUACGUACUAUACCCACUCUGCAUCGGUGGAGCCAUCUAUUCAUUGCUGUAUCUUCCCCAUAAGAGUUGGUAUUCGUGGACAAUCAGCUCGAUGGCUAACGGAGUCUACGCAUUUGGGUUCCUCUUUAUGUUGCCUCAAUUGUUCAUUAACUAUAAGCUGAAAUCGGUUGCCGCCUUGCCGUGGCGUGUGUUCAUGUACAAAGCCUUCAAUACCUUCAUCGACGAUGUAUUCGCUUUUAUCAUCACGAUGCCAACGGCUCAUCGGUUCGCCUGCUUCCGGGAUGAUAUCGUAUUUCUUGUGUAUCUUUACCAACGAUGGUUGUAUCCUGUCGACAAGACCCGCAUCGAUGAAGAUGAACGGGCACUACUCGAUAAGAGUAACAACGAGGCUGUUGAUAACGAGAAGGACGGCUCAAAAAAUAGCAAAAAGGACAAAUGAAGUGUGCAUAAAGCUAGCAGACUCGUUAUAUACAUUUUCUACUUCAGGGUAAUUUGAUAGAAUGAGGAAAACCCAAUUAUCUGCUUACGACGAAAGCAACAUUUUGGAAAUAAGACUUUUACCGCGUAACCGAAACAUAAUAAUCCAGCACAUUUAAAGGGCGUUAAGUGUUUAGAGCAGGGUGCGCAAUAGUACCUAAAAGCAUGCCGACCUUUGUUCAUAUGGCAAACGCACGUUUGUUUUAUGUUGGUUGGUUGAGAAGAAUUUAAAGUUUAAAUCUGGAAACACGCAACUUCAGAUGCAACAUUCCGGGAAUUUGCCACAGUAUAUACAAACGUGACAAUAUGGUUUGUUUGAACAGAUAUCGGGCGUGAAAUUGCGGUAUAGUGAAAAGUACAACGAACUUCUUUUCAAUCGUAACUGCAUUUAAGGAUAACUCUUAAAGUAUGACAGUUCUAAGAUAUUCUUUUUGAUGCUCUAUUGAGUUUUGUACCGUCCAUGAGUUAAACGUGUAUUUGUUUUCAUUCCAAACAUUGUUAGGCACAAUUUAAAUAAAGUUAAAUGAAUAAAAACAUUUCCUUCUACUAUUUUCUUUCCAAUUUUACCGCUUUAUAAUCUUUUACCUUUGCAUAUUAAUAUGCACUAAUAGAUGUGGAUGGAUCGCUUAUUACAGGAUCCCUUUUCUCCAUCGAAAUAAUCUCGCAUCAUAUCU